AUGGACGCAGUGGCUCUAGUACUGGUGGCACUGUGGUCGGUGUCCAUUGCUCCGUGCAGAAGGCUGACAUUUAUUGGCAACAGGGCGCUCAGUACUUCAUUUGAAACGCAUAAUGGUCUUGCGUGGAGGCGGGCGAGGCCUGUCCGAGCAUCACGGUUGGAUGCUGCGGACACUGAAACGUCAUGCGAUAACGACCCAUCAAAGGAUGUACCUGCUUUGGACGAUUCCGAAGUCAUUCCUGAACAACUCGGCUAUCAAUACACGGCAGAGGACAUUCAGCGUGAGCGUGACGAGAUUAGGGACUUCUACGAGAUCAACACCUUUAGCAUGAAAAGAGACAGACUUCCUCGCGCUCACCCGUUGUACAAGUUCCUAAGAGAAGAACGCAAAAAAGUGAUCAAGCUCGAACGCAUCCAUAAGUGGAGGCAGGCUGAGGCACGACGUCAGGAGUGGAGGGACUUCUUCAACUCAGUCAAGGACGGAACGUGUGAGAACAUUUUUACAGAGGAGCAGCAGGAUGUCUGGAAACGUUUAAUGGACCGGACCAUGGAGAUCGCCGAGCCCUUGCUAGAGGAGGUUGAGGCAAUCCUGUCGAACACAAAGCUCUCACUCGAGAAGCGCAACGAGUUGGCUGUGGAGGUGCGCCAACAGAUUCAGGAUGUACGGGAACAGGUGUUCAAGGAGUUUGAACCCGAAAUGCUGGCAUGCGGCGCGCUGCAGAAAGCACAGGAGUACUUCGCCAGCAUCCCCACCUACGUCAUGGACGUGUGUCAGCCUGACAUAAAUCACAACAUAUACAUAAAGCCGGAAAACUGCACACUCCCUGCUGAUGUGGUAUGGUCAAACACGGUUCUGGGCAGUGGCCGAGAGCCUGGCGAGCCGUUUUGGAAGUUUCACCUGCUGCCGUCGUUAGGGCAGAAGAAAAAGAAGCGGCUGGGACGUGGCCACGGUAGCGGUCACGGAGGCAGCUCAUCACGUGGGAACAAAGGGCAGAAGCACAGAUCUGGGCGAUACAUAAACCCGGUAUUCGAGGGGGGUCAGAUGCCCCUCUACCGGAGGCUGCCAAAGUUCGUUGGCAGGCCCGUGGGCCCUGGCCAUCGCCACAGCCGUAGGGAAUACCAGCUGAUCCCCAUCCACCAGCUUAACGUUGCACGCGAGGGCAUGGUGGUCGACUGGGCGACACUCGAGUGCCUUGGUGCACGGCUUGGUCGAUACAAGCGUGGCCAUCCGAUAAAGGUAAUCGGCGGUAAGAAGUACGCUGGUGUUGCGAAGCCGCUAACCGUUCGCAACCUGAUAGUAAAGGCCCAUGCGUUCACACGAUCCGCGGCGCGUGAAAUUAUGGAUCUAGGUGGCCGGUGCCUGUUACUGCGCCCCAAGACCUUGGAUAUUGUGGAGGAGGUGUAUCACCCGGACGUUCCUCGCGCUCGCCGUUAUAUUUUCAGCGGCAAGAUAUCGCGUCGCGAGCGUCGCAGGCGCGAAAUCAAGGCUCGUGUAUGGGAGGAUAUGCAAAAAUCAGGCUCAAGUGACGCUGCGACUGCUGAAACAUCGGAAACGACGGACCAGCCACUGUUGACCAGUCCGGAAACUAUCGCAUCUUCGACCGCUGAAAACGGUGACACGCUAGCUGACAGCGGCACACCCACAUCGACUGAAUCAACGUCGUUGGUGCCGACGGUGGACACGUCGCCUAGUGGAGAGGCACAUUCACCUCCAGGCGAAUCGGAGCAACUACAACCGGAGCCUCCGGAAACCAUCGCACUAGUGGAUGACAAGCUUGGCGACGUAAUAACUCUACAAUCGGAUACGGAUGAUUCCUUAACAUUUAAUAAUACGCCCGUGCCCAACCCUGCUGAAGCCGAGGAAGAUCCACAGGCUGCCACACCCACCGAAGAUUCAACCACAGCGGAUGAAGGGGGCGACCCGCCGCCCAAGCGUCGUCGUGGUCGAAAGCCGAAGUCACAAUCGGCUAAUAACCCCUAG